ACGUUGCCAGAGUGAGUAGAUGUUGCACUAUAUUGUGGCAACAUCUUUAUCACGGCGGCAAAUACAUUAUGUUAGCGGGGCCGAGGGAUGUGAAAGCUGCGCAGUUCAAUGCCUUGGCGUGAACUUGUGAAUUUGUGAACUUGCGAACUUACUACGAGAACAGACCAGACAGCAGCAUGAAUGGGGACGGAUAUGGCCUGCACGUACAUAGCUUUCAUUGUCAAGGCUCUUGCCAUCGCUCGGCGGUGCAUCAGCCUGGACACUCUUCGCACUUGCCCUGCCACUCACAUCAAAAGCGGCGUCAGAUUCGUCGGGGGUCUCCAUCCUCUUCAUUGAGGUCUGACAAUAUCUGCACGCCAACUGUAGACUACGAGUGACUAGAUUUUCAUCAAGGCUGCUACAUAGUGCUCAGCGACACUGAGCAAGAACAAGAAGGGAAGACAUGGGAAGGCGAGGAAGAAGUGUGCGCGGCAAAAUGCGAGGUGGUCUGGUAAAGACUGCGAAGGACUCGUCGAACCCCAGCAACCACCUCACCCUCGACCCUCUCUACCCUUUCCCUCCGACCGCAAUGCAAAUGACUCCCAGGAGUACAUGGCAAGGUCUCGACACGACCCAUCAAUGAAGCAUCGUUGGCGAGCUGAAGACGACCCGCGCGACAGAGACUUGAAUCGAUCGCGGGAGAGUGAGCGACAUCCCGGUGGUCAUCGUCCUCCAUCGCCUUCUUUUGGAUAUUCUGAAGAUUAUCGGGGCCCUCACCGAGAUAGGGACCAAGGAACACGCGGCGGGCGUCGUCAGAGUCGAAAGUGGCAACGAGAUACGAAGAAAUCCGGCGGUAGAAAACCGUCUCUUUCUCCCACCCGUCCAGCAAACUCUAAACAUUCGCACGCACAGCAUUCGAGGCCCUUCAAAGACAGACCUGCCCGAAUUCGCGAUUUCUCUCCAGACAGACACCCUAAGCGCCGACGUACCCAGAGCCCAUCGCCUGCACCCAGUGACCGAUUCGGUUCAGACAGUCGGAAUCCUGGUCGCAGCCGAGAUCGUCCAGAUAUCCACGAUAGGCGUUCUAGAUCAAGGUCUCCCUUCCGACCAUCCAACGCAUCCAGGUCUGAUUCAGGGCCUCGUGGGUACAACUCGGACGUCAGAGGUUCCAGAGAAUCGAGUCCUCAUCGAAGACAAGAUAGGCGAUCGAUUUCACCUCGCCACUCGUCGAGAGCAUCCCCAUCUCGCCGUGACGACUACACCAGUCAUCGUGAAACAUCCCACAAAGAUUUCAGACCUCCAAAACGACCUGGAAAAUCUAGAGGUCGGCGUUUUCCUGUAGGGGGUCAACCCCGUUCACGAACUCCGUCUGUGGUAGACGAUACAGACAACCGCUCCAUGGAUGGCCAACACUCGACGCGUGGGAACUAUGGCAAUCAUAGAGGGCAACAGAGGCCAUUUGUCGAUACUCGGCAACAAUACAACGGAUCGCCCCCUUAUUCGGGAACACCUAACAGCUCCUAUCAUGGGUCCCAGGCGGGAUCGCCGUACCAUAAUCCAAGAGGCGGUUGGGGAGGUGGUCAAAGUCCGCAUGGUCCCAUGUACAAUUCAUCUCCACCGUACCGACAAAACAAUUUCCCCGGGCCAAGUAGCAUGAACAAUCCGAACCCUUACUAUCAAAACCAGCAGUAUUAUGGGUCAAAUUCGCAAGGGUAUCAACAGCCCUCUUACCGGGGCGGCCAUGGGCCUCGCGGUGGGCAAUAUGGUAAACAAGAUCAGAGAUUCAACGGUCGCGGUCGAGGCAGAGGCGGUCACUUCAACAAUCUUCAGUGGACAGCACCUCCUACUGGUCCUAAGCGAGGUGGUUCACAAAAUCCUGAUGCACAAGGUGGACACAUGCAUCAAACUUCACCAGUCCAUUCACAGGAUGGCAGAGAAACUCCAAAGGAGGAAGGAAAUGUUUUCAGACCCUCGAAAGACUUACAGGUUGAAGAUCAGAAGCAUGAAGAUCAGCAUGCGCAGGUGAAUGAUCAAACAGGAACAGCAGCCUCAAAAUUCAGCUUUGCUUUCAAGUCAAAGGCUCCUCCAUCAGGUCCAGCCAGACAAAACGCAGAUUUUUCAGCCAAACCAAAGGGGCCUUUCCACCCCGACGAGCGAGGUCCUCCCACGCAACCAAGGAAAAAGCCAUUUGAUCGAUUUGAUCGGUUCGAUCGACGAGACGACAGGCCUAAUCAACGGCCUUUGCCACCUAGUUUUCCAUCACGUCCCGACCGAAGAGCCCUUGCUCAAGCCGCAGACAACCGCAGACCCGACCGAUCGCGGUCCCCUCCCUCGAAAAAAUCCAGGAGAGAGACAAAGUCUCGACCAACUCUGACUCCUGAAUUUGCGGACUCCGAUUCGGUGUAUUUUCGCAAGCCUGGUAAUGAAUCUGUGGUUGGUGCCGGCACAUACGGAAAGGUCUUCAAAGCCAUUCACAUCUACACAAAAGAUAAGGUAGCACUCAAGAAGAUCCGCAUGGAGGGCGAGCGAGAUGGUUUCCCCAUCACAGCGGUUCGUGAGAUUAGGCUGUUGCAACAUCUCAGACAUAAACAUGUCGUUGCUUUGCAAGAAGUCAUGGUUGAAAAGAAUGAAUGUUUCAUGGUCUUCGAAUACAUGUCACAUGAUCUUACUGGGCUCAUCAACCACCCAACCUUCACAUUGAGCCCAGCUCAUAAGAAGGACCUGGCAAAGCAGAUGUUCGAGGGUUUGGAAUUUCUUCAUCGACGUGGCGUCCUACACCGAGACAUCAAGGCUGCGAACAUUCUUGUUUCCAAUACUGGGCUCUUGAAAUAUGCCGACUUUGGCUUGGCCAGAUUCUACACCAAAUCUCGCAAACUUGAUUAUACAAAUCGAGUGAUCACGAUCUGGUAUCGACCACCCGAGCUCAUACUGGGCGAGACACAGUAUGGUCCUGAGGUCGACAUCUGGUCUGCGGCCUGCGUCUUUGUGGAGAUGUUUACCAAGAAGGCGAUCUUUCCAGGUGAGGGAGGUGAACUCAGCCAGCUUGAAAAGGUCUACAAUAUGCUCGGCACCCCCACCCGUGCAGAAUGGCCCGGUAUCAUCGACUUGCCGUGGUUUGAAUUAAUGCAGCCCGCUGAUCGGCGAAAGAGACAAUUCGAAACAAUCAUGCGAGAUAUUUUCACUCCCGCCGGUCUUGAAUUAGUCCAGUGGAUGUUCAAGUACGAUCCAAAGAAGCGUCCCUCUGCAGAUGAAGUUCUGAAACACGCGUACUUCCUCAACGAAGAGCCAAAACCCGAGCAGGCGAUGGAACUCGCCCGCGUCGAAGGUGAUUGGCAUGAAUUUGAGAGUAAAGCAGCUCGACGAGAACGAGACAAGCAGGAAAAGGAGCGCAGGAAAGAAGAGCAGCUACGUGAAAAGGAAAAGAGAAAGGCACGCGAGGCAGAUCUCCCCGAGCCGGACGGGUCUGAGAAGAAGGCGAGACUUCAAGUUGACGCUGCGAAUACUCCUGUGAUGCCACCACCUCCUCCAAAUGGAGAAGUUGUGGGUUCUGCGAUCCAGUCAGAGGAGGUCAAGAACGACGAUCCAGAUGAGUCUGAAGGAGAAGGGAGUGCACGAAUGAGCAUGUCUUGAAUCAAGACUCUGGGUUUGGUGCGUUGUGUCGAAGGAUCCCUGACUACAUGUUCGUAUGUUUAUCUUAGGAGAGAUCCCAUCUCGACGAGGUUCGUUGAUGUGGUGCGUCAAGUCAUUAUUCUCUCUGACUCUUGAUGGUCAAAAUCGACGCUUCAAAGCUCGAUGAGAAAUGGUGGUGGCGGCGCCAUUUUUGUGUGUUGGAAUAGCACGAACCCAUUAAACAUCGACAUUCAGUCUUUGUGUGUAGGAGGCUAGUGGCCUCUAUUAAUGCAAACUACCUAGACAAGCUCUGCUUGACAGUGGGUUGUUGAGAUUGUAUUUGUA